GGUUUCUACUCAAGUGAAAAGAUGGCAGGAGCUUUCUCUUAUGAGAGUUCAGAACUCGACUGGUGUGAAGACAACUACCGGCACUCUGAACAUGUAGUGGAGUACUUUAACACUAUUAGCAGCUUUUUUUUCUUCAUCAUAUCUCCUAUCAUGCUCUACCUUAUGCAUCCGUAUGCCAAAGAGAGGAACCUGGCGAUUCACAUGGUCUGGACUAUGAUGAUAUUUGUAGGGCUCUUCUCAGCGUACUUCCACAUGACACUAAGUUUCGUUGGGCAGAUGUUGGAUGAGCUGUCCAUCCUGUGGGUGUUGGCGAUGGGAUAUGCUGUCUGGUUCCCCCGCAGACUCUUCCCUUCUUUUAUAAAAGACAGGUCCACAUUUUCAAACCUCGUCCUGGUGGUUACUAUCAUCUCCACACUGUCAUCAUUUGUCAAACCUACAGCCAAUGCCUACGCUUUAAACUGCUUUGGCCUCCAUAUGCUUUACGUUCUGGCUGUAGAGAUGAGAUGCUGCACUGACCAGAAGGCUCUGCGACUGGGCAAGCUGUCGGUGGCUCUGUGGGUGCUCGCCAUCACCUGCUGGAUUAGUGACCGUUUUGGCUGCAGUUUCUGGCAGAGGCUAAACUUCUGCUACCUGCACGGUAUCUGGCACAUUCUGAUUGUGAUCGCUGUGGCCUAUGGCAGCACCCUGAUAGCUUACCUGGAUGCCAACUAUGAGAUCCCAUACUCUCUGCCUGGACUGCAGUACUGGCCCUGUGAUAAAUGGGCUGUUGGAUUACCUCACAUUGUUCUGAAGGGCACGACUAAAACACAGAAACGGUGCUAA